GUGCGUGCGUGCGCGCGCGCAGCGCGGCACGGGAGGCUCGGCUGCGGUCCGUCGGUCGGAAGGACGAGAAGGACGGACGGACGGAAGGAAGGAAGGAAGGAAGGAAGGAAGGAUUUACCCGCCCGGGGUCGAGUGUUUGUCGCUGCGCAGUUUUUCUGAGGAGCCGCAGUCGGCGCGCGGAUGACAGACUUUCCGGCGCGAGAAGCGGAGAGAAAAGGCGGGCGCAGCGCUCGCGCUGGUCGCGCGGUCUGAUACCUGCUGGACGUCGCUGUGAGAAUCAUGGCCAACAACGUGUUCCUGCCCCCCACAACGGCCCACGGGCUGCUGCUGCGACGGCCUCGAGCCAACAGCCUACUGGAGGAGAUCAAGGAGGGCAACAUCCAGAGGGAGUGUCGCGAGGAGGUGUGUUCCUACGAGGAGGCGCGCGAGGUCUUCGAGAACAACGAGAAGACUAGGCGCUUCUGGGAGGAGUAUGUACGGGAGAGUUCCCCGAAGGGCAACCUCGGCGUCGCGGGGCUCCAGUCCCUCUACCUGGUGCUGCCGCUGCUCGUGGGGCUGCUGCUCAUCGCCGUGGUGAUGGUUGCCGUGUGGAGGUGCCAGUCGCGCAAGGUCUCCCAGAGACGCUCCGCUGCGGGCCACGCCCACGGGGACCCCGGCCUGUCCCUGGUGGUCCUGGAUCCGCGGGGGCGGAGCCGCCCGCCGGAUCCGGCCCCGCCCCCUCGCCCGGAGCCCGUACCGAAGCGGGUCGGUCCCGCGGACCCGCCCCCCUCGUACGAGGAGGCCGUGGGCUGCAGGGACGUGCAGGUUCAUGUGGAUCCGCCCCCGCCGUACGACGACAUCGUCACCUCGGGCUCCGCUGGCCCUGGCGAGUAACAGCCACGCCCCUUCCCAGCAUGCCUAGCAUUCCCAGCACAGCCCUGUCCUCGUGCUUCCCAGCUCCCCUGCGCCCAUCGCGACCUGUUGGACCGCGUGUUGUCGGAAAGACCCCCGGCAGACCCCCCCCCAGUCAUUCAGCCGAAAGGGCGGGGCUCCUCUUAGCCAAUGGCAUGGAGGAGGGAGGGGGACUGAGAACUGAAAGCUCUUCAGUCGUCCUUCGUUGACAGCGCUGUGACGGUCCCAGUCCGUCUGUCCCCCAGGGGGCGCUGCAUUGUCAUUGUGUGUGUGUGUGUGUGUGAGAGUGAGAGAGAGCGCGCGCGCUCAUCCCCAGACUGCCACUCAAGGGACAGGCCACUGCUGCUUUAUUCCGGGUUUGAGAGAAUUACAGGCAUGGUAAAGAUUUACCGCCCGUUUCCGGCCUGUUCUGUCACGUAGCUCGUACUGCACCCCGGUUGCUCUUAGUAGCUGUGGAGGUGCGCUGAAGGGGGUGUGUUGAGCAGCAGGGGGUCGAACCCUCGCCUCUGGGGAUUAUAGCGUAAUGAGUGAUGGUAAAAGGGCGCGGUGAACGGCAGCACUACUGCGGGUGGUUGUGGGUUCGGGUCACAUGCGUAUAGCGGUCCUGCAGCUGUCGCUGCCCACACGCUCACCUUUGUCUUCACAAUAUAGCAGCUUAGUGGGAAAUGUAAUACGGUGCUUUACUGUGGUAAAGGAGACUCCUCCAGCACAAUAGCACUGCUCUGGUUUUGCCUCAUUUCCCAUAUCGUGUACCAGUGGAGUUUCGGCGUGAAACCGGUUCUUGUGUAAGAAACGAUUCUGAAAAGGACCUUGGGCACCGAGGAAGAUGAGUUGCCCUCAUACAGCAAAGAACUUGAAUGGCGAACUCGGUAAUGUUGCGCUUUGCGUCCUGUGGGAGGGGCCCGGAUGGCGUACGUUUACACCGUUUCCAUAGCGAUGUGUUCUAACAGCCCACUGCUCCCUCAACCCCCAGGGCAUUGAGCUGUUUACUGCAUGGUUUAUUUGAGCGGCAGGGGACAUGGGUUAGAACUGCUUCUUUAAGAGGGGCAGGAGCUGGGUUCAAAUCUCAACUCCUGCUGUCGUACGCCUGAGCAUGGUACUGGCCCUCGGGUCUAUGAAUUACGCAGGGAAAAUUACCCUGCUGUAUAAAUGGUAAAUCAGUGGAAGUAACACUAACUGAACAUCCCAAGUGGGGUGUGGUAUUCUUGCUCUCUCUCGCUUGCACGCACGCACACACACACCACAUCUCCAUUACACAGCACCUGUGCUUUAGGGGUGGAGCCUGAACAUGCAGUUUUUUUUUUUUUUUUUUUUAAAGUUUCUUUGGCUUUAAGUGUUUCUAAAGAGUGAUGAGGUGUACUGGUUGUGGUCUUGGUUUCGCAGGCAACCAGUGCACUCUUACAGGGUCACCUAGCACUUACUAACCACAUUUUCAUUUUUUGACCACUGUGAGAACAAGGUACUCCUGUCCCCCCAUAGCUCUAGGUUCAAGGGUCUGCGUUCCCACCCAAGACCAAUGAGCACAUGAGCUUGCACUGAGGGUCUUCCAACAGCACACAGAAGGGUGUUUGAGUCACAUCUACCAGUCGAGCCCAGGCAUGGGGGCACUGCUGGGGGUGGUACCUUUUCCCAUGAGGGAGGGUGAUGUUUGCAGUGUCACAGUAACGUACUGUAUUCAUACACGUGUAAAAAUGCCCACGCACACUUGCACAAUACGGUUCUACUGAGUUUUUACCGCUAAGGCGUCCACCGGACGACCAAGUCACCUGUGAAGUCUACCUGGUAACUAUGGUAAUGAUGUAGCGUACAGAGCUGUUUGGGUUUACACUUCCACACGCGUGCAGGGACUCGUGCCAAACUCCUGGACAGGGAGGGUCCUGCCGUCGGGUCCUCUCCCCACCAGCUGGAGGACCCUCCUCGUGAGCACAGGACCGAGUGCCUUACUUUACCCCGGUGUACAGGACUACUAACUGUGUGCAUUUGUGCAAUAAAGCAGUGAAGUGUU